AUGGAAAAUAAUGAAUAAGAAGACCUAAUUUAGCUUAAAAAAAACGUAAAAACAUUGUAUUUAUAUUUUAGUAUGCUAUGAAAGAGAAUGAAUGGAAAAAGGACAAAGCCUUAUAUGAACAAAAAAUUCAAUUAUUAGAAAUUUAAUUGGAAGAUUAUAAAACUAGAGAAAUGAAUUAAAAGAAAUUAAAUGAUACCAUAACAUAAGCUAUAGAUAUAUCAGGAAAAACAUAAGUAUCAUUAAUUAUCUAAGUUAUAAAGCAAAAAAGUUAUACAGAAUUUCAAAAAUCUAUUGAUGUCUAGAUGGCGAAUAAUAAAAAGCAUUAAGACAGUAUAACGAAAUUAGAAGAAAAAGUAAAAUUAAAUUAUAACUUUUAGCUUAGAUGUCUAAAUGAAUAAUUAAAUGAAAAAGAUAUUUAAAUUAAAGAUAUUGAGCUAUAGUAACAAAAAUAAUAAAUUACUUACGAUCAUAAAAUUUAGAGUUUAGAAUCAGAUAAAUAGCAUUUAAACUCAGAAAUUAUGAAAUUCAAAGAUCAAAUACAAAAAAAUGAGGAAAAUUUUAAAUCUAAAGAAUAAGUAUAAAAAUUAUAGUGCGAACAAGAAAUUUAAAAAAUGAAAGAUAACUUUUUUAAAGACAUGCAAGAAAAAUAAUCAGAUUAUGAUCAAAGAUAUUAAUAAUUAGCAUAGUUAUAUGAAAAAGAAAAAGAACAAUUACAAUAAAGAUUAAUUCGAAGUCAAAAUACAAUUAAAAAAUAUUAAACACAUAUUGAGUCAAAUUAAGAAGUUCAAUAAUUGUAAUAGAAAUAUGAUGAAUAAAUUGUAGCUUUAAAAUAAGAAAUGCAUGAACAAUAAGUUUAAUUUUAAUAUGAAAAAAAAAUGUUAAAUAAAUAAAUUGAUGAGCAAAGAAUGUAAGUUUAAAUUUAAUGAAUAUUUUAGAAAUACCAACAAUUAUGAUAGUACUUCAAAGAAAAAGAGUGUUGAUAUGACAAAAAUUAGGAAUUCUGUUGUUUCUUAAGAAAGUCCUGUUUAAUGCAAGAGUUUUCAUAUAUCUUAACCAGAUUUUAAAUAAGUUUUAUAGUAACCAAAGAACUCUAUAACAUCAUUAUAAAAAUAAUCAUAGUAACCUCCAAAAAACUAAUCAUUUGAAAAAAUUAAAGCUAAUAAUCAUGAUACACUUCCUAUGCCUAUUGAAGACUUCAAUUUAAUGAUGAGUAAAAAAACUAAAUCUCAAUCUACUAAUUCUCUUCCAUCAAACAAUUUAAAUCUUAAUUCAUACCUUUAAGAUGCAAGCAUAAUGAAAGAAGAAACAGAAACUGGAGAUGAAUAUAUUAGAUUUAAAAUAUCAAAUUAAUAAACUACUAGAUUUAAUAAUGAAGUUGAUCAAAGAAGAUCAUAUUCACAAUAAGGAAACAAAGCUCAUAAUAUAACUUCAACCUCAAAUCUAAGUAAAAUGUUGGGAUAGAAUGAUCAAAGUUAUUAAAAUUAAACAACUUCGCUAUCUACUUAAUAAAAAACCCAUAAUACUUCAUUUUCGCACUUUAAGGUUCCUUCCUUUACUUAAGUUUAGUUAAACAAUCUAAAACAUAGUUUAUGUUAACAAUAACCAUAAACAACUUUGAGAAUGAAUGAUAACCAUAUUAAUCAUAUUUAAUAAAUUAAGGCUAGAUACAUUAAUUAAGAUGAAUCUAAUCAUAAUGAUUCUACUUCAUUCAAAUAUGUAAAUAUAAUUGGUAUUAUAGAAUAAAGAGAACUAGUAGCCAUCAAAAAGUGUGCAUAUUAAUAAUGAAAUUAAAUUCUUGAUUGGUAAAUUACUUCAAGCUAAAGGAAAAUUGACAACUGAAUUAGAAAAUACUUAGAAAUCUUGUAGAUAUAAGAGUUGA